UCUCCAAGCAGAGGACUCUUAGCUCUAUUACAAAGCGUGUACUUGACGCUGAUUUCAUCUCCCGGCAUGUUAUGUUUGUGUAUUUAUUAUGUCAAAUGAUGCUCACAUUGGAUUCCCGCCAGUUAUCUUGUGCGAAUGCAUAAAUAUUUCUAGGAUCUUUUAAAACAGAGCUUCGUCUGUCAAUUUAUUGCCGAUUCCCAUUACAUGCUUCAAAAAUGUCGGUUCGUAGAUUUACCGGAGCUAAGAUUGUAGUGUUUGGGGGUUCUGGUGUCGGGAAAACUGCAUUCGUGGUUCGGUACAUGACCAGAAGAUAUAUUGGUGAUUAUGACAGAAAUAAAGAAAUGCUUUAUAAUCACAAAAUACCAUCGCCACGUGAUGACGUCACACUCGAGAUCAUUGAUACGGCGGCCAAAGACAACGAAAACAGAGAAAAUCACAUAAAAUGGGGCGAUGGUUUUGUGUUUAUUUACUCCAUCACGGACAGAAAGAGUUACGAGUAUAUUAACACAUUAAAAGAUAUGCUGGUCAAAAUCAGGGGCCCGGAUAUGCCCGCUAUAGUUGUGGCUAACAAAUGUGACCUACUUUCUGUGAGGCAGGUUGAGGAUUCUGAAGGAGUAACACUAGCCGAACAACUCAACUGUCCAAAAUUUGACGUUUCCGUCGCGGAGGGAUAUUCGGGUGUGUCAGAAGCCAUGGAGGAACUUGUUAUUCAGUUAAAGCGAGAGUUUGUCAAAAACUGCUCACAAGCCGCAGUGACCGCUAAUGACAAAACCAAAUCCAAACUGUUCACAUUUAAAAAGGGAUUCAAGAAAAGAAUCAGUCGAAGUCAUAGUGACACGGUGUAAUUUUUUUAUAUAGACUAUUUAAUGAUGCAUUGACAUGCAGCGCCUAUCCACAAAAUCAUUUAAUACAUGUGUAUUGUUUAAAAGCUAUUGUUCCAACUUUAUUCAUUCAAAAUCGAUGAUGAAGAGAAAACGUAAGUGUAUUCAGGUAAAACUAAACGAUAACUAAUUUUUUUUCUGAAUUCAAAGUUUGUUUAUUUGUUUGUUUUUUUUUUGUUGUUUUUGGUUUCAAGAGCAGCUAUAGAACAUGAGCUGCAAGUUACAGUUUGAAGAAAAAAAAAUCAACUUAUAUAAAAAGGAUUUCACAAUUCAAAGAAUAUAUGUAUAUUGAAGCAAUGACAAAAGGAAAAUAGUGAGUAACUAUAACAUUUUUUUUUUAUCAUCAUGAAUGUACAGACAUUAAGUGCAUUUGUAAUACAUAAAAUAUUUGACUGUAAUUGUAUACAGACAUUUAUACUGACAUCAAUAAAUUUGGCACUUGAUUAUAUAGUAUACACAUCUGCAAAAAAGGAAAUUCACCACUCAAUGUUUUUGUACAAUGACAAUAAAAUUUAAUAGAAAAUCA